AUGGGACAGCAAAUCCUGAAUGGGACUUUUUACCCUGCCCACAGUUCCAAGAAUGCGAAUGGGAAUGGGAACGAGAAGAUGAGCCUGCAGGGGUAUGGUCAUAAAAUGUCGACACUAUUGAUGGUGUCGGAGGAGGAGGAGGAAGAGGUGAAUGUGAUGACUGACAAUGGCGGUAUUAAGAAGUGGCCUCUUGCUGUUGAUGGUGGUGUUACAGAGAGGGCUUUUCCGAGGAUUUGCAUUUGGGAUUCCGAUGGGGAGGCUGGGGAUAAAACGUAUGACAUAAUCGAUAAUUUGGAGACCUCGAUGUUUUAUAGAGACGGGUUUGUUAUGAAUCGAGAUGGGAUUAAGCAGUUUAGAAGGAAUCCCUGUUGUUUUACUGGUGGUGAGCCGCUGCUCCGCCCUGCUCAGCCAUCGUCGACCACCCGCCUCCGUUCGCUGCGCUUCUCAACUCACAGCGUCAAGCAGUCCCGGCGACCCUUCCCCGCGAGUAGGCUGCAACCGGUGACCGCCACCCCCUUUCGUUUCUCGUUCGCCGUGCAAUUGCUGUCCCUCACGACCACCAGCAAACGCGCCCUGCCACCACGAACAUCCCCUCGCCGCCGCUGCCGCGAGCAGGUCACCACUGGUGAAUCCUCGCAGCGCCCCUACGCCACGCUGCUCUUCAUCGGGCCGCUGCAACUCUGGCAAGCUCUCCCCCGCAAGCCAGCAACUCUGUCUCGAAAGCCAACCACGCUCACCAUUCACAAUUCCGCCCGCACCGUUAACCCGGAUUUGUCGGUAUCCGCGCCCGAACCCGAUGGUUCUGGACCAUCCGCCCCGACCCCCGGGGCAACAUCUUUCGGCGACAUCUUUCUUCAGCACCAGCAGGCCGCGGCUGCCUCCGCCGCCGUUCUUGCAGAGAUAAAGGAAAAGAAGAAGAAGAAGAAGAAGAAGAAGGAUAAAGACAAAGCUGUGAAGGCUUCAUCAACAAUAAAUAUCAACAUUAAUGGGAUUUAA